AGCGAGACCAAGCCUUCCAAUUUGUUACAUCCAAUUUUAUUUUCCCAACACACGACCACUUUGAUCCCCACCACACUUCAUCGCUACAUAGGUUCAUCAUGACUCGCACAGAGCGCGCUGGUUUCCCUCGUGCCUUAUUACGGGAUCGUUCUGAGUCCAAGUCCGGUCUCGACAAAUCCGUUCGCAAGAAUGGUAGCGGCCAACACAACUGGGGUAGUAUCAACGAUGAACGCUACCUCGAGGCCGCCGCACUUGUUGACGAGGAAGAGGAAGAGUUUGAGGAAGAUACCACGGGCCAGAGGCAACGUAACAAUUCCGUUCACGAGAAGCCCGAACUUGUGAAACAUCGGAUCAACUCCUUCACAGAGGAAGAAAGGGAGAAUGCUAGGCAAAUCAGGAAGAACGCACUCAAGGGACAAGACAUCGAUUUGUCCAUGAUUGCGCGCACCUCUUCUGCUGCAUCUACAUCUCCGCCCACCAGGUCUCCUCCUGUCUCCAUUACUGCCAGUGCGGAGACUGCCAGCAUAAGGUCGGCAUGAAGCGGAUGCGGAAUUGUCUGCUCAACAUUUUACUUUGCUCUCGACGAUUUACGUCAAAAUUAACGCAAAACAACAUACAUAACACGCUUGUUCAGCUGUAAUUGUACAAAUUCUAUUGUCACUGUUAAAUUAUAUUAUGUCAAAUACACACCCUUCGGAUCUUUGUCAU